AUAGUCAGGUGUGCCACAUCACAAUUGUUGUGAAACACGUCGGCCAACAGCACCUAUGACAAAUACCCGUUAAAAUUGAACUACUUCCUUGACGUUUCCCCGUAGAGUUUAUAAUUAGGUUUAAAGAAUUUCGAUGAUAAAUAACUGAAAAUGGCUUCGAAGGGGUUACAUUACACCCCUCCAGGUACAGACGGACUGGACCAUGCCUUCAGGCAACGAGUGGCAACUCAUUAUCAAAAAAGUGCUUUAAAUAAAUCGAGACUAAAGUAUUGUAUAUUUUUCCACUACCUGCUGUUCUUUGCGAUGCUAGCAAAGCUCUCUGCUGAUAUAUUAGACAAAUUAGAUAUAUUUAUUUUAGAAAUUGAAGAACUUAGCAUUCCUCAGCCAUUAUGGUGGGAAUACAUAUGGUGCAUAAGUCUGUUAUUGUCUUUUCUGGGACUUGAUGCAAUUAAAAAGAACCGUGUAGCACCCAUGAGAAACUAUAUGGUUGGACUGGUAUUGUUUGGAUUUUUACCUAUUCUCUAUGCCACUAUUUAUUACUUCUCUGAUGUAUGGACUUACCUCACAUUCGAAGAAGAGGAGGAACUUGAUGAUGUGCAAUUUUGGCAGGGUUACCCAUAUGGACUCCUUUGGUAUACGUUUAUAUUGUUGGCCCUGCAGGUGCAUCUUUUCUCCAUGCACUUUGCAUGGAAUCUAAUUUCAGCAUGGCGAUCAAAGGGUACAAAAAAGAAUGAAUAAAACAAUUCACUUACACAUUGAAAGACAAUUAUUAUUUAUUCCAAAAGUUUUGCAGCUUUGUAUUUUUUAAUACUUGUACAAUUUUUUGACAUUCAAUGUUUAUUUACAAAUUUGUAUGUCUGUUCUAGGCGUGUUUUUAUUUGUGUAUAAAAGAGCCUUUCAGCAAAUUAAAGCAAUAAUAUUUCGUAGUUUAAUUGGUGGAAGCAUAUCUUUUUGUAUGUUAGAUGGCCCUUUUAUGCAUAAUAAAUACACAAUUGGCUUAAUAAAGUACAAAACUGAACAUUUGGAUUGUUGUUUACCACAUAUGUUUGUGUUCAAUAGUUAUAAUUGUUUUGUCAUGUCUGUUUUAUGUUGUUAAAGUGUACAUUUUCGGAAAUGUUAUAUUUUAAAUUAAUAUAAAAUAUAUUUUUAA